AUGAAGGCGCUUCACACCGGUAUUGCUUUUUUGCCUAUCUUGGCCAAGGCGACAUCGCUGUCUAGCUACGCGCUCCAAAAUGUCCUCAGCGAUGCUUCGCCGAUCUUUGGCCAGUAUUCCAAAGAAACGAACGCGAACACUGAAUGGAUGAAGCGGUAUCCGGAUGACACGCUGCUCGUGCACAUGAACAUCCCCGGCACCCACGACAGCGCAACGUGGAAUUACUCGCAGGCGACGCAGGAUGCCAUGGCCGGCAUCACUGCUCUCAACCAGGUCACCGUGCCGCCGCCGGAGACGUUUCGGUGUCAAGACCGGUCUCUUAUCGACAUGCUGAAUUCCGGCAUUCGAGCUCUGGAUCUUCGCUACGCAUUUGAUCCCACCAACACCUCGCUCAUUUUCUAUCACUCGCAGGCGUUGCUCUCUGAGGCUGCAAACCUUGAGAACGUCCUUUUCGGGUUUUACCAGUGGCUCGAAGAUCACCCGUCAGAGAUCAUAAUUCUAUCGUUACAAUACGAAGGUUCCACAGCUAAAUACUAUGCCAACGAUGCAGAAGUGCAAUUGGCACUGUUUGAUGCCCUUACUUCUCCCGCUGCACACGACUAUUUCCUGCAGACCAAGGACGAGCUAGGUACACUUGGUGAUGCGCGUGGCAAGAUCAUUUUGAUGCGCCGUUUUGAUCUCGACCAGCUACCCAGCCAAUACACAGAAGCCUUGCCAGGGUUGCACUUCUCCCCAAACCUCUGGACAGAUAACAGUCCCGACAUUGAACUCGUCUACAACACGAAGAAGAAUCUGACUGCUUACAUUGAAGACUACUACGAACCACAGACCCCGACGGGGUCAAAUGCAACUGAAAAUAUACAGUGGAAGUACAACGCUACCAUUGCAAACAUUCGCAAGGCAGCCCUACAUUACCCAGACAGUCUAUUUUGGACGUGGGCUUCUAGUGAAAAUACGGGCAAUGUGCCUCCGGACUGGCCAAGGAUUAUGGCCGUUGGCAAUAGCACAGACUAUACACCCGAAGGGGGCGUUAAUCAGCAAUUGAUUCCGUUUUUGAAAGAGCUGAAGGGAAAGCGCUUGGGGAUUGUUAUGUUUGAUUUUUUCAACCAACCAGCCCACCUGAUUGAUACGUUUUUGGAUUUGUAA